AUGGAUCUAUCUCGUGACGGUGACCUUGCCAAAACUCUCCAUCUUGAGCAUGUACCUCGGAAUAUUCACCCAAAAUCGUAUCGAAGGAUUGUAUAUGUCCUAGCUGUUACUUUGAUCAAUAAGGCCUCACUAUCGCUCGGAUGUCAGCCACUGGCUUUUUUCUGGGAUCUCAUCAUACCUGGCGGUCAUUGCAUCGACAUCAACGCAUUUUUCAGGUGGUUCAGUCUACCCAACAUCCUCACGGAUGUAGCGAUGCUCGUUCCACCUCAAGCACUCGUAUGGACGCUCAAAGUCACAAGACACCAGAAAAUAGGACUGACAUUGACAUUCUUGACUGGUUCUGUCGGAUUGAUAACCUCAAUAUUUUGCUUUGCGACCUUCUUUCGGAACGAUGCUAUAACUGAUAGUACUUUCUCGUCUGUGGAACUCAUGUCAUGGACCAUUAUCAAACCAGGCAUCUACCUUAUUGCAGCUUGCUUACCAGCGCUAGGUCCGCUCGCUCAACGCAUCUUCAAAGACAGCCUUCUCACCCGUCUCAGCACGACGUGGAUGCCUAAGUACGGUGACAGAUUUUACGAGCGCAGCACGGUGAAUAUCAAGCUCGAGAAACACAGAAGCGUUAGGUCUGAAGUCCAUCGCCCUCAGCAAUGCUUUCAUCGUCUAACCGAUGGCAGGGAGAGCAUUGGUAAAAGCAGUGGGGAUGAGAGAAGUCUGGUGGACAAUUACGGGAGCGCGAGGGACAAUGUCAGUCAAUUUGCUCGGAAUGACUGCGGUUCCGAUCUAAAGGCGCAGCACAUUCGUGUUGAGAACGACAUUGUGGUCACCACAUCUGAUUCUCUUGCUUGA